AUUCAUAGGUUGAUUAAAUUAGGUUUGAUUUGAAUGUUUCUAGACAAAUUUGGGAUCUGUUUUCUUUACCUUAUUUUUGCCAAUCCUUUAAGAAAAUACGAAAAAUUUAGAUUAGAUUAAGAAACAGGAAAAAUACAAAAAGUUAACAAAAAUGAAAAAAUUUGAUGAGUUUAAAAAAGUUUGGACAUUAGAAAACCAAGAAAAAAAAAUUAAAAAACAAACAAAUCUUUCAUUUAAGAUAGCAUGAAGACCGCAUAUCACAGCCGAUACAAUAAAAUAAAAAUUGAAUACCACAUUAGAUUGGCUUUAGGCUUUACGAAACUGAUCCUUUUCUCUCUCUUGUAUUGUGUUAUAAUUAUGAGAAUCAAUUCAAUUUCACAAGAGAAACUCUUCUACUUUCUCUCUCUUUGUUUUUUAAACAUUCACAUCCAUAUUCCUUCUCUCUCCUUACAUCACACCAAAUGUAUGAAAUUUCUCUCUCAUAAAUUCUGUUUCUCUCCCCUUAAACCGUUUCUCAUGUAUUAAGAGAAGCAAAUCGAAUAAUCGGAGUAAAAAUAAAAGAGAUGACAUCUGGGUUUUCCGGCGAUUAUUUCUACGGCGGAGGAGCAAGUACAGGUACAGGACGGACAACGUCGUUGACAGGAAUUGGAAGUUUCCGGCAACAACAACAACAACAACAACAACAACCACCGCAAACUCUGUCGUUGCAACAACAAGCGAUGUUUCCAUCCAUGGACCAGAUCGCGCAACGGAGGACAGAUUUGUUGUUGGGUAAACGCUCUUUUGGUGAUUUUCAAGCGUACCAACAACAACUUCUCCUUCAACAACACCAGCAACAACAACAGCAACAACAACAACAACAACAAAAUACGUUCUUGUUUUUACAAAAGCAGCAACAACAACAACAACAACAACAACAACAACAACAGCAAUCUCAUCAACAGCAACUGUCUUUUUUACAACAACAAUACUUGAUGAGAUCGGUAAAACAAAGAACUAAUGCUUUUACAUCUUCACCAAUUUCUCCUCUUUCUCCUACUAUUGAUCUUUGUUCACCUACAACUAAUACCAAUUCUCUUUCCUCCUCUUCCUCGGCCCGGUUAGGGGUUCCGAUUCCCAUUUAUCAACAACUCCGUCAACAACAACAACAACAACAACAAACAAUUUCUGUUGUUAACAAAAACAAUAAUAAUAUACAACAUAAUCAAUUUAACCCCACAAAUAAUUGCUUAAUCUCCAACCUUUCUUCUACCAACAAUAACCUGAUCAACAACCCGAUUCAAAACCCAAACCCGGGAUAUUCUUAUUUAAGGUAUUCUAAUGUGGUUCAAACAAAACCCGAACCUGAGCCCGAUAAUUUUUCCGGAGUUGGGUAUUCAAAUAAUUUGGUAUCCGAACCUAUGGAGCCAAAAGUGGAGCCUGAUUCAGAGGAUCACAAGAUCCUUGACACCCUUCAUGAGUUAGAGAAACAACUUUUGAACGACGACGACGACAACGAGGAGGAUAAUGAUGCUGUUUCGGUUAUCACAAACAGUGAAUGGUCCGAAACAUUUCAAAACCUCAUGAGCCCAGGCGGGAAUUCGAAUACAAAUCAUGCUUCUUCCAGCACAAGCGGAAGCACCAACACAAACACCAUCACAAGCAACAACAACAACAACAACAACAAUAAUAACAACAGUAUGAUAUCACCUUCACCAACGUCGUCAACCUCAUCCUGUUGCUCAACCUCCGCACCUGCACCACAGGUUCCACCACCGCCCGAGACGCUGUCAGCGAAGCAACUUGUAUUGGAAGCCGCGACUGCGAUUGCGGAUGGUAAGAACGAGCCCGCAACUGAGUUGCUGGCUCGUCUAGCUCGAAUUUCCAAUUCCAAGGGGAAUUCCGAGCAAAGGCUCGCUUAUUACAUGGGGAACGCGCUACGUUCUCGCGCGUCCCCCAGUAAUGAGAUCGUAGCUCCAGCCCCUGUGCUUGAGCUAUACUCAGAUGAGCAAAUGCAAGCGAUGUAUUCAUUGCAUGACAUAUCUCCUUGUUUCAAGUUUGGUCUUUUAGCUGCGAAUCUUGUGAUGUUGGAAGCUAUUACAAGUGCUUUGCAAGAAGGGAGCAGAGUCCAUGUCAUUGAUUUUGACGUCGGCCAUGGCGCGCAGUAUAUUAAUCUUUUGCGCGCCUUGGCCGAGCGUCGGUCCCAGAUGGGGACAUCAGGGGUUGGUUCAUAUGAGCUGAAGGUCACUGUUGUUGAAACUGAGGUGACUAAUCGUGGGGUUAUGGAUUCAGUUAAAGAUGGGUUGAUCAAGUUAGCUGAAAGAGUUGGAGUUAAUCUAAAGUUUGAAAGUUUAACUCGGAAGAUCACCGAGUUGACUCACGAGUCACUCGGGUGCGAGGAAGGGGAAGCAAUUGUUGUGAAUUUUGCGUUUAAGCUUCACCGGGUACCGGAUGAGAGUGUUUCUAUGGAGAAUUUACGUGACGAGCUUCUUAGGCGCGUGAAAGGUUUAAACCCACGCGCGGUUACGUUGGUGGAGCAAGAAAUGAAUGGUAAUACGGCUCCUUUUUUGACUCGGGUGAACGAGUCAUGUGGGUACUACGGUGCGUUGUUGGAUUCUCUUGAGGCUACGCUACCAAGAGAUAAUUCGGAUCGGGUUCGUGUCGAAGAGGGGCUCGGGCGGAAGAUGGGGAACUCGAUCGCGUGUGAAGGUAGGGACCGUGUGGAGCGGGCUGAGGUGUUCGGUAAAUGGCGGGCCCGGAUGGGUAUGGCUGGGUUCGAGUUAAAACCACUGAGUCAAACCGUGGCUGAGUCAAUGCGGACUAAACUCAAUUCGGCCCGAGGUGGGAACCCGGGUUUUACGGUUAAGGAGGAAAGUGGUGGGGUCGGGUUCGGGUGGAUGGGUCGGACUCUCACCGUCGCAUCUGCUUGGCGUUAACUUCACUUAUUAUUGUCUCUCCAAACACACCUUUAAAGAAUUAGUACUACUAGUAUAUUAUUGUUUACUUACUUUUGCCCACAAUUGUCAUAGAAUAAUUUUAAGUUUAGUUGUAGUACUACUUAAUUAAUAUAUUUUUUUUUCUUAUUUUGAAUUUUGUUUAUGUGAGAAGGAAUGUAAGGAGGGAAAAACCCCACUAAACAAAGUAAUAAAAAGAAGUUGGGGGAAGUGUUUGGAUGGAUGUGAGAGAAAAUUCUUAUUUGUUUUUGUUUGUUUAUUAUUAUUAAGUUGUUAAAGGAAGGUGGGAUUUGAGGGAGUGCUGAAAUAGGAAAAGUUUGUUUGGCAAAUUGGGCUGACUUGUAUGGAUAGGUUCUUCUCCUAAUUGGCAAAUAUAAAUUGAAUGGGGUCCAAAAUUUCUUAGCACAUGUAGUGGUAGACUGAUAGUAUAUAAAACUAUUAUCUUUUUAUGUCA